CAAGACUACCUCUACCUCCUGGACAAUGUCAGAUUCAAAGCCCUGCGCUUUGCCAAGCUCGGCUCGAGGACUGCGUUCAGCGACCUGCGAGCCCAAAGUCAGAAGAUAUCCAGCGCAGUCGACUACGCCGAGGAAUGGAAGAAGAUAUGCGUAAACGACCUUGGUAUUUCCGCCACGGCCAUAGAGGACAUCGAGCCCAGUGCGGCCGAGAUCGGCUAUUCAAGCUUUCUGGAAAGCCAGACAAUGAUCGAUGACUGGUUCAGCCUCUACAUAAUCACCAUUCCAUGCGUCUAUGGCUGGAACCGGAUUGCCGAGAGGCUCGACAAGGAUCCACGAACUGACAAAAGUACUCGCUUUUAUAAGACAUGGAUUGAACCGAACUUGGAUGACCAGUAUGGGAAAAAGCUCUCCCAAUUCAUCGAGGCGAAUCGAGGAGUCUAUACAUCCUCUGCCAAUAAGAGCGUGUGGAAUCACCUAUUCCGGACCGCUCUCAAGUUUGAGAUUGGCCUCUUUGACAGC